AUGCCGGGACAGGAUGAUGACACUACCAGGAAUGAAGCUCUUGUGAGUCCGAAUGUUGUGCACACCAUCGGGCGCCCGUUGUCUCCUUCCCUGAGAGGUCACUAUGACACGUGGCAUUGGAAACAGCAGCCAGGGCCAGGACACCCCGAUUUUGGAGACUUGCCUCCGCGUCCAAGCUCUUCUCCCGUCGGCGAUCUCGGCAACACGCUGGGAGAAAACACAUUGAGGUCUGCGGCCACAGCACGCCCAUGGACAUCUGCAUCGUUGGCGUCUGUGAAAUCUUUCACGACCGGAUACCUGGCAUCAGACUCUUGGAACGAACUCUUUGCUGCAGACUUCCGGCCUGCACAAGCCGAGCCAGAGCCAAACGAGCGCACCGAGAAAAUUGCUUCUGGAAUCGUUUCCAAAGUUCUGGAGAGCUGCUCGGACUACAGGCUCUUGAAGCGAGAAGAUGAUGUUCGGGCAUUUACUGGGUUGUGGUCCACCAUUUCUUUUCGCCGGCCACGAGGGAUGGACGUUAUCUGUGAGCAAGCCCGGUCGGCUCGAAAACCUCCCGUGCACGUGGCAGACGGCUUCCUGUCCAAAGGUCGGAACGGGCAGACUCCGUAUGAAAUUGCACUUGGGGUGUCGCUGCUUCAGAAAUUAGAAGGGCAGAAUGCAGGAUUCAUCAAGCUUCUUGUGGAGUCUGACUCACUGUCUUUUGUCACGACCGUAGCUGGACAAGUUCUAUAUCGAGAAGGCGAUCCAGCAUGCUGUUCGUAUGUCCAGCUCUCCGGGUCGGUACAGAUGUACUCCCGUGAUCUUGAUUUCUUGAAAGCGUCUGGCUGGCAUCCAAUGGAAACCACGGAUGAUGACAAAGGCUCGUCGAAGCUACAGAAGCAAGCCACGAGGGGUCUUGGCACCCCUCGGGCAGACUACGACCCUUCGAGAUAUCCGACAUUGCAAGAAUAUGUGCAGAAGGCAAACAGAGAUGAGGAGGCCGACGCUUUGCCAAGGUUCCGGACCGUGGAGGGUCACAGCACAUUCAGCAAGGGGGAAAGCCAGCCACUUCUUGCAGGCGAGCGCCUCAGUAAUGCGGAGGGCGCCUGGCGCGUGCUGGCAGCUUGCAUUGGAUUCCUGGCUGAUUCCUACGACCUUUUUACAAUAGACCUUGUCGUUUUGAUUUUGCAGCUCCAGUAUGGGGAGUUGCUUGUAUCUACGCGAGCCAAAGCCAUGAUGGUCAGUGCGAUGCUGGCCGGAGUAGUGAUCGGACAACUGGCCUUCGGCUACGUUGCCGACUGGCUUGGGCGGAAAUGGGCCUUCGUGACGACGGCGGCCCUCACCAUAUUUGGAGCGCUGUCAUGCUCCCUCUGUUCUGGACCGGCGACGCUGCCGAUCCAAAUGUCUGUCUGUCGCUUCUUCUUGGGGCUGGGAGUGGGUGGCGAGUAUCCGCUGUCAGCCACUGUAACCGCAGAGACUUUGUCAGAUUCAGACGGACGUGGCCAGGCCAUGGCUGUGGUAGUUUCUAUGCAGGGUCUUGGAAUGCUGAUGUCGGCGAUGAUGGCCAUGCUGAUGCUGAGCACGCCGCUGUCACUUGAGGCGAUCUGGAGACUUCUCCUCGGUCUUGGAGCAGUGCCAUCUGCGCUUGCCUUCUGCAUGCGAUGGUCACUCACCGAAUCCCACAUCUUCGAGAAGAGCAAGCAGGAGGUGGAAGACAACCCACGAAGUAAGAUUCUGGACGUAAUUUCUGCUCGUUGGCCCUUGCUGGCGGGUACUGCUUCCACUUGGCUGCUCAUGAACAUGUUUGCCUACAGCCUGGGAUCUUUCAAAAGCACAAUCUUCGAUGCAGUGAUCCACACGGGCAGUUUAACACCGACGGAGGAGGCGUUUCAGCAUGCCCGGUUUGCAGCAAUUACGAGCUGCUUUGCCAUUGUCGGCUUUGGAGCGGGCCUCUGCUUGGUGAGGAUCACAAGCCGUUUCAAGAUGCAGCUGUAUGGCUUUCUCGCCAUCGCCGUUCUGUUCUUUACAGUCGCCGGCAUUAUGUCAUUCAGCGACAGGCCGUCUGUGCUUUCACACGUGGCUGCUCUGGGCUUCAUGUUCCUUUUCCUCAAUUCCGGACCGAAUCUGACUACAUAUAUCAUCCCUGCAGAGAUCUUCCCGACUUGUGCUCGUGCAAGCUGUCACGGCAUUUCUGCAGCCAGUGGUAAGUUGGGCGCCUUCUUCGGAACUGCCAUCUUCCCAAUGCUGCAGCAAUCCUGUGGCAUGGAGUUUGUGUACGGUGCGUGUGGAAUUCUGUCACUCGCCGCGGCUUUGAUCACUUUCAGCCUGACUCCGAGAGAAGCCUGCAAUCUGGAGCAACUCGAUUCCUCCUAUGGAGAACUUUACGACACACACCAUGCGCCUGGGACUCUUCUUGGCGAAUCUGCGCUGGUUGGCAAAGAGCUGUGGCAGCACAGCGCAAG